AUGGAUAAGAGUAAGAGAAUAAUGGAGCCAGAUGCUGAGAAAGCUACCCGGUCAGCGAGCACUACGAUCUACUACUUCAUUACGCCCCGGUCGCCGAUGGGAUAUUUCCAUCGCAAUCGGAGUCGCACGGUGCAUACCCUUCACCGUGGCCGAGGUCGGUACGUCAUCCUGCACGCCGACCAGGCGAAGGAGGAUGAAGGGAAAGUGCCCAUUGAAUCAUUUGUGGUGGGCCAUCGGAUUGACAAGGGAGAGCGACUGCAAUGGGUUGUGGAGGGCGGAAAGUAUAAAUCCAGCUAUUUGUUGCCGGAUUGCGAUGGCGAUUUGUCUGGUGAUAACAACUUGAAGUCAGAGGGGUUGUUAAUUAGCGAGACUGUUGUUCCAGGGUUUGAGUUUUAUGACCAUGACUUCCUGACUGUAGAGAAGAUGGAACAACUCCUGACUGCUGAACAAGCUGAGGAACUAAAGUGGAUGGCAAGGAAGAGCUGCGACAAUGCAUGA